ACCUGAUCGACCCGUGACAACCCUGGUAUAUCGUAAAAGAUUCUUGGGGCCGAAGACCUCCAUUACCGCCGUUGCAACGUAGGAUGAUCCGUGUUAUAGCGGGAGUUCGUCUUGCCUUCAUACUACCCCCCCGAGGGCCUGGGAUCGUGGAUGCGAACCUCCUACGCUCCGUUGGAGAACGUCAGUCAGAUCCGCAUCUUCUACCAUAAAGGCGGCAUCCAUUGCAAGGGCAUGGUACUUGAAUACAAUAACGGCGGCCAAAGGGCAGUAGGCGAAUGCCGCAUUAUGGUGGAUCACUGUGAAACCUUCACGAGGCCGUCAUCUAUCGCCUUUGUCAACUCUGGCGCAUCUUUGUAUCAGGUUAAGAUCCGAGUUGAUGGGCCCCUGGACGACGGGGAUGAAUGGAUGCAUUAUACAAUGGCUGGGACCCUGGUUUUCUGGUUCUCUGGUAUGAAGGCGCACAUGUCGGUGGAAGGGGGCUUCAAGAUUUCUCACGAUUCGCAGUAGACAGGAGGAACAGAAGGCGAAUCAAGGGGCACGCUGUCAACAAUGCCAACCAUUCUGUGAUAUCAGUUUGUAACUACUGUACCGAAAGGUGUAAUUCUCCG